UAGAAAAAAAUGUUUUUCUUGAUUUGAAACGUUGUACUCUGGUCUGGGUUCACAACAGAGCUCAGAGCCACAGACAGUCCAAACAGGCGUCCCGCUCCGUUUUCGCACUAUAGUCGCCGAGGAACUCAAGAACGCACCAGCUCCGUCGCUUCAAUCCAAACAGUGUGGUGAUACUUCAAUAUUCCUUUAUAGAGUGCCAAAUUUUUUGUGCUACUAUUUGAAAGAUGGGAUCUUCAAAUGCUUCCGGAGAUUUGUCAGCUGAUAUGGAGAUUGAUGCAUUCAGGCGCUUAUUUCCUGUACAGUUUUAUGAACGUCAUUUUGUUAAGUCUUUAAGGCCUGAUGGAAGAUCACUCAAUUCUGCUAGAGAUACGACUGUGGCCCUUGGGGCUGUUUCAUCGGCUAAUGGUUCUGCACUUGUUAAAAUUGGCUCCACUACAAUGCUUGCUGCAAUCAAGAUGGAAGUCAUGACUCCUUCAACAGAUACACCUGAUGAGGGUAACCUUGCUAUUGAGUUUCACAUGCCUCCUAUUUGUUCCUCACUUGUUAGGCCGGGAAGGCCAGCAGAUGCAGCACCAGUUAUAUCAAAGCAAAUAGCGGACACUAUAUUAAGCGCUGGGAUGAUAAAUUUGAAGGACUUGUGCUUGGACAGUGGAAAAGCUGCUUGGAUGGCUUAUCUGGAUAUCUGUUGUUUGGAUGCUGAUGGUGCUCUUUUUGAUGCUGCAUUGCUUUCAGCAGUUGCUGCGUUUUCUAAUUUGCGUAUUCCAGUUGUAUCCCUGAAUGACGAAGGAAGAGUAUAUAUUGUAUCAGAAGAGGAGGAAGACGGGAAGUCGAGGAAGGAGCUUGUCAAUAAAGAGAGGAGAAAACUCACUUUAAGCAACAUUCCAUUCUCGCUUACCUGCGUUCUUCACAAAAACUAUACAUUAGCUGACCCUACUGCAGAGGAAGAGUCCAUCAUAGAAACUUCAGUGACAGUCGUUUUGAAUGCAGCUGGUCAACUUGUUUCUUUAUACAAGCCCGGUGGACCUGUUCUGGCUUCCUUAGCAGCCAUCCAGGAAUGUGUUGCAUUAACAAGACAGAGAUUGGAGGAACUCCAGCUAAUCUUAAAUGAAGCCAUCUCUGACAUGGAGUUAGAUUAGACGCGAAACGGGUCCUUAGCAGAUAAUCGUAGCUUAAAGUUGUACAAUUUAUGUCGUUUUUGUGGGUGUUUUUCUUCAUACAAAACAUUAGUUACUUGGCCUUUUAGAAUUUGUUUGAAGGUUGCCACAAAGUAAUCCAAUUUUGCUUGUUUAUAGACGACGAGAUUUGUGAUUUGUGUUAGUUUCGACUAUGAUUUUUUUGAAAAAAAACUUGUUGAUAGGCAACUUCAUCUACUCUCCCUCUUUUCGUUAAA